AUGCCGCUGGAUACGAUAUAUCUUACUCGCCAUGGGCAUCGGCUCAACUGGACCAUUGACGUGCGAACUGGCACCUACAAGUCCCAAUUCCCAACUCCGACGGGCAAUCCAGCAGAUCCGGCAUUGACAUCUCACGGUGUGCGUCAGUCGCGUGAACUUGCUGUCUAUAUUUCUGGGCCGGACUUUCACCCGAAGCCCUUUCGAGUCUAUUCAAGUCCGUUCUACCGAUGUCUUCAGACUAUUCAGCCCUCGGUGGAGGCGCUUAAGAAGGAACACGGCAAUGCUGCGGAUCUAGAUGUUAGAAUUGAGAAUGGUCUAGGUGAAUGGUUCGGCCCAACAACCUUCUUCGACCACCCUUCACAUCCAACACCAAGCACCAUGCAUAAACACUUCCCAUCCAUUGUCUCCCCAGAGACUAACUAUACGCCACUUCUGCACCCUUCUACCCGCGGUGAAACCAUUGCCCAACUACACAACCGUGUAGCCACCGCUCUGGAAGGUAUCAUCGCCGACGUGGAUGCAGAAAUUACCGCUUUAGAGGCUACCUUGCCUGCAAACCAGCGCACAAGCAAAUCUAUUCUGAUCUGCGCACAUGCCGCCCCGCUUAUUGCCAUGGGCCGUGUUUUGACCGGUCGUAUGCCCGAGGAUAGUUCCGAGGAGGACUUUUACGUGUUCACCGCUGGUAUGAGCACUUUCAAGCGCAGAGAAUCUCGGGAGAAAGACGCGAGUCGUCCUCGGACUUUGUUAGCUGAGGGGACGAAGUUUGUUCGCGUUCAGGGCGUUCCUGCUUGGGAGGGUGGUCGUGGUGUUGGGGGUGGAUGGAAUUGUGUGAAGAAUGGGGAUUGCACUUUCUUGAGUGAUGGUGCUGAGCGUGGAUGGCAUUUCAAUGGCGAAGAGUCUUUCGAUACUGGUCCAAUGGCUCCGGCUUCCGAUCAACCUGCUGUUGCGAACUCGUCUAUCUUGGAGACGAGUAGAUCUGGUGGAACCAAGUUGUGA